AUGACAGAGCAGCCAAAGAAAGAAACACCAAUUAAGAUGCCUAGAAAUGAAAAGCCUUUGGCAACUAUCAUAGAAAGCAGAUGGUAUUAUGUUGGAAAGAGCGGUAGACCAACUUUGGAGUUUACCAGAACUCAGAAGAGAAAGGUUCAAAGGCAAUACUGCACAUUCCUCAAGAACAGGGAUGAAACACAAGUACUUCCAAAGACCAGUUCUGCUAGAGGGAAAAGUCCAGAAAUAGCUCCUCAUGCAGAACAAACAACAUGUCAGCCACAAGACCUGAUGAAGACAAAAUCUCCAGACAGACCUUCCACCCAUCCUGCCUCAUCCUCAGUCAAUCAACUUGAACCUUCACAAAUACAAGAAAAAUUCAGGGCAGUAGGAGGACAAGAAAACACUCUGGAAGAAGACGUGUUCUCUCAGGAAAGCUUUGAGUGCAAGUUGGCAGAAGUAGAGGAAGCACCAGAACAGCAAACACAUACUGCCCAGACAGACGGAACUACCAUAAAAUCGGUUGCAGAACAGUUCUGUUUCUCCAAACCAACCAAGGAGAAGGCCAAUCACCUCAGACCCCUAUUCAUAACAACAAACUUUGGGGGUAUUCCUAUUCCCAAGGUGAUGGUAAAUGGAGGUGCAACCAUUAAUCUUCUACCUCAUACAUUGUUGAGCAAGAUGGGCAGAACAGAGAAGGAUUUAAUUCCAACACGCUUGACUGUCACCAAUUUUGCUAGGGGCAUCACCAAGACUCAUGGAAUCCUGGAUGUGGACGUCAUAGUUGGAACCAAAGAACUGAAGAUUGCAUUCUUUGUGGUGGACACCACUUCUACCACUUACAACGCAUUGCUUGGCAGGGACUGGAUUCACCAAAGCUUAUGUGUUCCUUUCACUCUGCAUCAGCAAUUAGCCCUUUGGAAUGAGGAAGGUUUCAUGGAGAUAGUAGAGGCCGAUCCACAGCCAUUUAUGCCCUCUACCACGUGUUUUGAGGCAAGAGACUGUUUUGCUUGGCAUUAUCAUGAGAUGCCUGGAUUAGACAGAAAACUGGUAGAACACAAGCUGCCAAUCAAAGAAGGCUACCUUCCAGUCAAACAGGCCAGAAGAAGAAUGUCUAUAGAAACAGAACUGAAAGUCAAGGAAGAAAUAGAAAGAUUGCUCAAGGCAGGAUUCAUCAGACCAACCAUUUAUGCUGAUUGGCUAGCCAAUAUUGUGCUAGUUCUGAAGAGAAAAACAUGGGCAAUUAGGAUCUGUGUGGAUUACAGGAAUCUGAAUGAAGCAUCUCCCAAGGAUGAAUAUCCUAUGCCAAUGGUAGAUAUGUUAGUAGAUGGAGCUACUCAUAACCAAAUGCUAUCUUUUAUGGAUGGCAAUGCAGGAUAUAAUCAAAUUAUGGUAGCUGAAUGA